AUGGAGGCAGAAUCAUUGUCUGGUACUUUAAAUCAACUCGUUCAGUAUGAUGGCAAAGAAUAUCACGCGGUGAAAGAAGGGAAUGCAUUCAUUCUGAACCCACCUUCCCAGGCUGCAGCCUCCACAGGGACGAGAAGAAACCUCAAAGCGGAGGAUGAAUCUCAGUCUGUGUUCUACAAUCCUAUCCAGCAAUUCAAUCGUGACCUAAGUGUACUUGCAAUCAAAGCCUAUGGGGAGAAUGUACUGGCUUCAAAGAAGCGGAGAGCCGAAAGGAGGCAGAGGGGGGGCGCGGUGGAUGGGAAAUCAACAGGCAAGAAACGGAAGAGGGAGGAUGGCGAUGAAGAGGAACCAAAUGGUAAGCGAAGCAACUUUGACAACCAGACACCAAGCAGUGAUCAUCUGGACUUAGAAUUGCACGCAGGAGAUAAUACCACGCCAUCAUUUACAAUAUUAGAUGCUCUGUCUGCUACGGGUUUGCGUGCACUACGAUAUGCAUCAGAAAUUCCAUUUGCUACUUGCGUUGUUGCGAAUGAUCUUUCGCCGUCUGCCAUCAAAUCAAUGAAGUUGAACAUCGAAUACAACGGACUUGGAAAGCUCAUUCAACCUAACACUGGUGAUGCGCGGACUUACAUGUACAGUACUCUUAACUCAGCGAACACUCAGGCCAGUAGACCGCACACUGGGAAAUUUGAUGUUAUUGAUCUGGAUCCUUAUGGGACGGCUGCACCGUUUAUGGACUCCGCUGUACAGGCUGUCAAAGAUGGGGGUUUGCUUUGCGUGACCUGCACCGAUGCUGGGGUUUGGGCUUCCAACGGGUACCCGGAAAAAUCAUACGCAUUGUACGGCGGCGUGCCAACGAAAGGUACACACUCCCAUGAAGGUGGGCUACGCCUAAUCCUUCACGCACUCGCGUUGUCAGCUGCUAAGUACGGGCUGGCUAUCGAGCCACUUCUAUCUCUAUCAAUCGAUUUUUACGCCCGAGUCUUUGUCCGCGUUCAUCGAUCACCAGCAGAAGUUAAGUUUGCCUCGGGCAAUACGAUGGUUGUUUACAACUGUGAUUCAGGCUGUGGAGCUUGGUCAACACAGCCUUUAACCCAGACGAAGCCACGACUGGAUAAAAAAGGGAAUCCAUUCUAUCAUUACGGAUUUGCCCAGGGACCGUUAGCAAACACGACCUGUGCGCACUGUGGGAUGAAAACUCACAUAGGCGGCCCAAUGUGGGCGGGACCACUACAUAACCCUCAAUUCAUCCGAAGGAUCCUUGAUAUGCUUCUUGAGGCGGAUAGAAGCGUAUAUCAAACGGUAGACAGGAUUGAAGGCAUGUUAACUACAGCACUUGAGGAGGACCUGACUCCCAACGCCUCUAUAAGGAGUGGCAGUUCAGAACCUACUAUCUCCAAGACUAAGGAUGUGGCACUAAGUGAAGAUCCAGCUAUCAUUCCGCGGAUGGACCCGGCUCUUCGAGAGCCGUACCCUUUCUAUUUCAGUUUGAGCGCUCUCUCAAAAGUCCUUCAUACAUCCACCAUCUCUUCCGAUGCUUUCCGUGGAGCUGUGCGACAUUUGGGUUACCAAUGUACCCGUAGUCACACCAAACCCAAUAGUAUUCGCACGGAUGCACCUUGGGAUGUAAUUUGGGAGAUCAUGAGAGAAUGGGUGAGACAAAAAUCACCUGUCAAAGAAAAUGCCCUUAAGCCUGGCACUGCCGGCGCUGCGAUCAUGGCGAAGAGCCGGGAAAACCUUCAGAAACAGAAGGAAGGCGAUAAAGAUCUACGUUUGCUGAAGCAAGAGAUCGUGUUUGCUGCCGAAAAUGGGAAGGAUAUCUCUGACCUAGUGACGAAAGUCGAAGCCGCCCUGUACCGUUCCGGCUUCAGGCAGGGGUUGAACCUAAGCGAGUUCGAUUCUCGACCUGCCAAUAUGCAGAAUGAGGCGCAGAGCACCAACCAAGCCCUUGCAAUCAAAUCUAAUACCAGCACGCUGGAUGUUGUUUUUGACGAGUCUCUAGGUAGAGAGGUGACCAAAAAAAGACUCGUCAGAUAUCAAAUCAACCCACGCGCUAACUGGGGUCCCUUGAAUCGAGCGUCUGGGCGCGGACAAGGCUGA